UUUAAUCUGUCCCUUUAAGUCUGGCGCCUUAAGCUUUUUGUUCUGCAGAAGUUAGGAGCUGGGCAAUUAAGAAACUUAAAAAAGAUCGACCAAGUGCACCCUCCAAAAAACGUUUUAUCACAAGGGUGAGACUAAGAAUUGAUUAAUCUCGGUUUUGAAAGUGUACAGUACUCGACGCGAUUUGCCGGAACCUAGGUAUCAAUUUCCUUGAGUCGCCGGAUUUUAGUCAUUUUGCUAAACUUGACAUUUUCAUUCUAUUGGGGAAUAAUCAACUGUUUAGUAGGAAAUAUUUUCCUUGCUUUCACGACUAUACCGUCCCAAAAGACAGCAAUUUGGUUGGUGUUAGUUGGGGACGGCGAGAAUUUUUCUUUUGUGGUUAUGUUGGAUGUGGGAACUUCACAACAAGUGAACGCGAGCAGAAACUCGACCUUCCAUGGCGAUCAGGCGCGCAGUGCAUUACCGCUUUUGUACACGGCUUACAUCAUCAUUAUGGUCGUCUCCAUGGUUACCAACUCCUUACUGGUGUACAUUGUGUACUGGCGCAUGCGCAAUAGAUCACCCACCAGUUCUCAGUUUGCAAGCAUGGCUAUCGCGGAUUUGAUAACAACGGCAUUCUCGAUGCCAAUAUGGUCUUACUUUAUUUGCAUAGAGGAAUGGGUCGAGGGUUUGCUUGGCAACCUGUUAUGUAGCCUGGCCGCUAGCACAUCUAUCAUGUCGUCAUUAGCCUCGUUACAGACCCUCAUGGCCGUGUCUGUUGAGCGUUUCAUUGGAAUUUGUUUUCCGCUGAGACGCGCUGUCGUGACAGCUCGCAACAAUCGCCGCGUUACUCGAAUGAUCUGGGCAGUAUCCGUAGCCAUGGCUGCUCCAGCGGCUUUUUUGUACACAGUGCACAAUAGUCAUGGGCGUUUGCGUUGCGUUAACAAUCUCAGUACACGAAACCCCGAGCUACGUAAAGUCUACUACACCGUUAUAUUCGCUCUAAUGUUUGGGCUUCCUGUGUUGGUCAUGUCUAUUCUUUAUAUUCUUAUUGCAAAGAAAUUAUGGUCUAGCCGUAUUCCGGGGCAGCAGUCAGACGCGAGUCGGCGCGCGGUGCGUCACAGGAAGCAGAGUAUUCUACGCAUGCUCGUGAUCCUGGUCCUCGCUUUCGUGGGUUGUUGGCUCCCGGUCCACAUAGAGUGGUUCAUGGAAGUUUACCAAUCAACGGCGCGGAGAGAAGAGCAGGCGAUAGUCCUCGCGCAUGCGUACAGCGCUCUUAAUCCCGUCCUUCUCUUUCUAUUCAACGGGCGCUUUAGAGACGAGUUUAUCAAAAUCCUCAGAUUACAUUGCUGUUUUAAACCAACGUCUUUUGUACGGGAACAUCCAAACACUACCGGAAGUGUUUUUGACGGAACUGAGGCGCUAAGAUCAUACGAACUAUCGCUUACACCUUCAAACCCCCCGUCCGGUGUUAGGCUUUUGAAGAUUACCUCCACACACGAGUCAAGGGCGACAUGAUACCGCCUUGCGCACGCACGCGCUUUCAGGUGACCGAAUUUUAC